AUGGUGGACAAACGUGAUGAUGGCUCAGGGGAGCGCAAAAUGCGUAUGGUUGUAAACUAUCAGGCCUUAAAUGCCCUUACGAUAGCCCCUGAAUUUCCCUUACCUCCCAUCCAAACCAUUCUCGAGAUGCUGGGAGGCGCCCAGUACUUUUCCACCCUGGACCUAGAAGCAGGCUUCCAUCAAAUACGCGUGGCUAAGGAAGACCGGUGGAAGACAGCUUUCCGGUCAGUUCUUGGACUAUUCGAGUACCGAGUGAUGCCCUUCGGCCUUAAGGAAGAUAAAAUUGCAGCCAUCCGGCAGUGGCCGGAGGUGCUGCAGAACGAAACGCAGGUGCGUCACUUCCUCGGUACCAUAAAUUAUUGUCGCAUGUUUAUGGGACCAGACUAUGCCGACGUUGCCCGGCCGCUGGUUGAUCUUACACGAGCAGUUCUGGAACAGGACGGCAAACCCAUCGGUUUUCUCAGCCAAGUCAUGAAUCCUACGCAACAGCGAUACUCGAUCUACGAUCAGGAACUCUUGGCGUUGGUCGUGGCACUGGACAAAUGGUCGCACCUGCUCCGGGUAUCCAAGGUAACGGCCUACACUGAUCAUCAAGCUCUCACUCAUCUCCAACAACUCCGAGCAUCGAAGCCUCUGCGCGGCCGCACCGCCCGGUGGCUAGACUUUCUUGCGGAGUUCCCGGACUUGCACAUCACGGAGCUCGCCGGCCUUCGUUCACGACGACCUCGACGGCGCAACACACCGCCCGCACCUUCACCUGCGUUGGCAGAACCCUCCCAAGAGGCGGCGAAUUCUACACACAAAACGCCGACACCAGCUGCCCCUCCUGAUGUAUGCCAUUGGCCGCGCGCUUACUCGCAGUGUCCUGUCUUUAGCGCUCCCUACAAGGCAGCAGCAAACCAACCAGGAGAAGCUCUGCAGCUCGAGUUUCGUAAUCGACAAUCCACCUUUCGCUACGUCGAGCCUUACCUGCAUAUCCGCGUUCAUGGCCUGUGGCGCAUCUGUGUCCCACAAUUCCCUGAAUUCCUCACUCAAGUUUUGUAUUCCCAUCACGACCAUGUCACAGCAGGCCACCGCGGACAGAAAAAGACCUUUGCGGCUCUCAGCAAGCUCUACUACUGGCCAGGAAUGCGCGCCUACACCACUGCUUAUGUUGAGUCCUGCACUCAUUGUCGAGCGUCCAAGUACCUUAACCAGAAGCCUGCAGGUCUUCUUCAACAGUUGCUCAUACCUUCUCGUUGCUGGGCGCACGUGAGUCUCGACUUCAUCACAGAUCUUCCCCUUACAGCGACGGGCCGUGAUUCAAUCCUUGUCCUGGUCGACUCCCUCAGUAAGAUGGCUCAUUUCGUUCCUGCAAAGAAGUCAUUCACAGCAGCAGACACAGUGGAGCUCCUAGCCGACCGUCUUAUCCGCUAUCACGGUUUCCCAGAAGUGCUUAUAUCGGAUCGCGACCCCCGUUUCCAAUCAGACCUUUGGAACCAGCUCUGUCGCCGCUUCAACAUCAAACGGUGCAUGUCCUCGUCCUACCAUCCCCAAAGCGACGGCCAAACUGAACGGGUGAACCGCACACUGGAGCAGAUGCUGCGUACAUAUAUCAGAUCUGCUGAACGCGAGUGGGAGCGUUUGCUUCCAGCCUUGGAACUUGCCUACAACACAACAAGCCAUUCACCCACAGGGCUCUCUCCUUUCGAGGUCAUGAUUGGAGAAAACCCAUUGACUGCGGCGGAACUGGAUAUCGUAGGCGCGUUAGCUCCUACACUCACUCCUCCCAUGACUAAGCUUUUUCGGCAGCUCUGCGACAGCGCGCAGAGUCACAUCCUGAAGGCGAAAUGGCAGCAGAAGUAUUACGCAGACACAAAGCGUCGAGCAGUGGAAUACGCAGUGGGAGAUAAGGUCUGGCUCAGCAGCAAGCACCUACCGCCUUUCAACAGCUGCCCUAAGCUCGAGCCCCGCUACCGCGGACCCUUCGAAGUCCUCGAACGCAUAGGAACUGUUGUUUACCGUCUCGCUCUGCCUCCCACUUAUGACUGCCAUGAUGUUUUCCACGUUUCACAGCUAGUUCCCCACCGCCCCCGCCCUCCCGCUUUGGUUCCCUCGGCAGCCGACGCUGCCUGGCCUCCUAUCCACGAUGCAGCAGGCAAUCCCACAGAUGAAUACGAAGUCGACUAUAUUAUGGACCAACGCGGCUCGGGAGAUGCAGCCCAGUACCUCGUGAAGUGGCGCGGGACCCCUGAAGAGCAAGCCACAUGGGAACCAGCUAACCAUC